UAAUUUCUGAAAGGCACACUCCUUUUUAUACUUUUACAUUUUACCUCCCAUUUUUGCACUUCGACAAUUCGAAAUAUACAUUAUUUCUACACCAUAACAUCCGUAUUCAACUCCUUCUCGUCUGAAAAAGCAGAUAAGUCAUCAUGGACCGUUCAAGACCCCGAACAUCUCGUCCCAGAAGACGCUUAGAACCCCUCAUUGCUAAACCAAGACCUCAAGAUUCCGAAUCUGAUACAGCAACCGAGGCAGAUGCUGUGAAAAUAGUUCGACCUAAAACAGCUUUUGUUAAACCCUCUACUAGUUCAAGGAAUUGCAGUGGCGUGCGGGGAGAAGAAAAAUUUCUAUCUGCUCGUAGCUCUUCAGGAAAUGAAACAGACACUGAGACUAUCAAACCAAUUUCUCCGCAUGAACUUUUUCCUAAAUAUGCACCUCGAAGGAGUUCCAGUGGCGUCCGGGUAGUACAGGCAGAAGAAAAAUAUUAUUCAUCAUUCGAUUCAACUGGGACGGAAACAGAUACUGAAACUCUCAAGGCUUUUUCCCCUAAACAAUUUAAUUCAACCCCAGAGCCUGCAGAAUACACCAAUGAAAUCGUUUCUCCUGAUGAGGAAGCAGAAUAUUCCUCAGAUUUUGAGUCUGAUGGAGCAGAAACUGUGAUAACAGUCCCUCAGAAGCAAAAAUAUUCGUUGCCUGUCCCACCAAUGAGUUUUAGCGAUGAACGGUCUGUUGACAGUGAAGGGGGUUACUCCCCAACUGCAGAAUCUGAUGAUGCAGAAACGGUGGUAUCAGUUGCUCCAAAACAAAAAAGGCCACUGAGUGUUGAACGAUCUCAAACAUGUUUGAAGGAUGAACUACAAAAGGUACCAAUUCUCAACUUAGACGACCUAGAUAGUGUCAGUGGAAAAUCAUCUGUUAUGCUGAAAUCAACACAUGGCUACACUGACCUAAAACUGAAGAAUCACAAGGGACGAGAUUCUUCAGGGUCUCGACUCGCUGACCAAUUGAAGAAAAUCGACUCCAAAAACAUGCUUUUCUUCCCAUCGAAGAACUUAACACGUAUGAGCGUUGAAAACAUUUACGGACCUGCCACAAAUAAGCGAUCAUCCUCAAAGCUUCGCCAAAGUACAGAAUCCCUCAAAUCCACAAGCAAUGUCAGCAACGACAAAAUAAUUCCACCAAAAACGCCCCUGGAGAAAGACACCCCUCGACCAGCUGCUGCCAAGAAAGUCGACAAGCCACUUGAGCCUACCGUAAAGAAGAACGAACCAAAAAUCUUGGCACCCCUGAUGGUUAAAGGCAGGCUCGAUAAGAAAACCGAGAAAAAUCGACCUACUGGCCCUGUUAAGCCGAAGCCCUUUAUGGCUUCAGGCUGUGGAAAAGGGAUUCCACCCCUGGAGAAUCUUCCCAAGCCCAAAAUUGGAAGGCUACCGGCGUUUCUUUUAAACCGAAAGAAAGAAGCGGAAGAGAGUUCAUUGAAGUCUGGAAGCCUAAAUACUCUGGAAAACAAGGAGAUCAAGCCUGCAAUACCAAACCCGACCCCAAGAAGUAGUAGACCAAGUGAAGACUUAUUCACGAGAAACCGAAUACCCUUGAGGAAGCGAGGCUCCCAAAGUACUAGUAACCUGAUUUCGAGUAUGGCUUCGCCGAAGAUAGGUACAAAUGAGCUAAAACCCAAGAAGAGCGUGACUUUUGAUCUCCCUGACGCUGAAAGUACCGCCGAAGAGGAAGCAGAAGAAGAGGAAGCAGCGGUUGAGGAAGAAGAUGAGGAAAUUCCAAAGGGGCCCAACACUACCUAUAUAGAUCCUUUACGGCGAAAAUUCAAAAAAUAUUUCGAAAAAUUACCCACAUUUGACGAAGGACCCUUACCUAUCACUGAACCAUCACCCCUUUACCAACGCAUCAAGAAUAUAGGCUGGGAUUAUUCCAGAUUCACCCCGAAAAAAUCCAGAUACCCCGUACCAACAAUACCCUAUAAUUUCCUCGAUCAAUACUUGCACAUAUUCGAGAACAAUCUAGAACGAGCUGCCGUUCAUAUGAAGUACGGCAGUGUGACAGUUUGUACAUGCGACCAAAGUGGCGAUGGUUCAGAUUUCUGCGAAAAACAUGUCGACCCUACCAGACUGCAAUACUACCAAGAGGUGGCUGAAGUGAUGACUUUCAUUUUAUCCGUACGAUACGAGGUGCCACACUAUGACAAAGCUGAGAAGAUGUUGGAGGAAAACUACCCUUUCAUAUACCAUGGUUGUAUACUCAAUAAGCCUAACAGACUAUCCAUGGAUUAUCGUGUAAGGGAGGUCAGAUGCAAAGCUGAAUUGGUAGCAUCCUGCAGGCGCGUUUUGGAGGAGGAAGAACUCCUUGCAGAAUUCACACAAAGUGAAGAGAUCAUCGGUAAAAAGAGAGAUAUCCGCAUCAGUGGACGCAUGAAGGAUGUUGAUGAAGAUUUCGAGUUAUCUUACACCUUCCUGUUCAUGGAGUAUCCGUAUCUGUUCAUCCAACUUGUGCAGCAGAUCGAGUUCAUGCCCUUGGCCAUCGAAAGAAAGAUCAUUGGCACUCGUAGACAACAAAUAGUGGAUAAGGCUAACUUGCCAGACGAUAAAUUGCAAGAGCAAGAGGAGUUGUACAGGGCAAAAUUGCAAGGAGAUGAAUAAUUAUUUUAUAUUGCUAUAUUUUUACAUUGAUAUACAUUUACUGUGAUGCCAAAUUCCUGUGAUCAUGAGUUUCAAAUAAAGACUCAUUUCCUCGUUCGUA